GAUAGAGUAACAUGUCUGGCUCCCGCUCUCACAGCCAUUGCAGUACAUUGAGCUCCAUAGAGACAGCGCUGGGGCAAGUGCGAGCCAGCCGGGCACUGGGUGACUGUGUGCUCGCUGAGGAGAGUAAUUAAACAUGGGCAAAGGAGAUCCUAAGAAGCCGAGAGGCAAAAUGUCAUUGUGUGCUUUCUUUGUGCAAACUUGCUGGGAGGAACACAAGAAGAAGCACCCAGAUGCUUCAGUCAACUUCUCAGAGUUUUCUAAGAAGUGCUCAGAGAGGUGGAAGACCAUGUCUGCUAAGGAGAAAGGAAAAUGUGAAGACAUGGCAAAGGCAGACAAGGCUCGUUAUGAGAGAGAAAUGAAAACUUAUAUUCCUCCUCAAGGGGAAACAAAAAAUAAAUUCAAGGAUCCCAAUGAACCCAAGAGGCCUCCUUCGGCCUUUUUCUUGUUUUGUUCUGAGUAUUGCCCAAAAAUCAAAGGAGAGCAUCCUGGCCUAUCCAUAGGUGACAUUGCAAAGAAGCUGGGAGAGAUGUGGAACAACACUGCUGCAGAUGACAAGCAGCCUUAUGAAAGGAAGGCUGCUAAGCUGAAGGAGAAAUAUGAAAAGGAUAAUGCUGCAGACCGAGCUAAAGGAAAGCCUGAUGCUGCCAAAAAGGGAGUUUCACAGAGUACAUUCUGAACUGUCACUAUCAUUAACAGAAAGAAUGGAGGGAGGGGGGAUAAGUAAAAAUAUAAGUUUUUAUAUAAUGACAUUAAAUAAGCAGCACAAUGAAACAUAAAUUCCUGAACUGAAAAAGGGGGAGGAAAGGAACCCUCUAUAUAUUUAAACAUAGCUACUUAAAUUUGUGCUUUCUUGAGUUUAUCCCACCACCACUUAGCCCAUCACUAUCACAUUUCUUCUCCAAACCCAAAAUACACACACACACUACCGAAUGUGUCUUUAGAUAGUCCUGUUCUGGUGGUAUUUUCAAUAGCCACUAACCUUGCCUGGUACAAUAUGGGGGUUGUAAAUUGGCAUGGAAAUUUAAAGCAGGUUCUUGUUGGUGCACAGCACAAAUUAGUUAUAUACGGGGAUGGUAGCUUUUCAUCUUCAGUUGUCUCUGAUGCAGCUUAUACGAAAUAAUUGUUUUUCUGUUAACUGAAUACCACUCUGUAAUUGCAAAAAAAAAAAAAAAAGUUGCAGCUGUUUUGUUGACAUUCUGAAUGUUUCUAAGUAAAUACAAUUUUUUUAAUUAAAAAAAUAAAAAAAAUAAAAAGAUAUAGUAAA